CAUGUUCGGCCGCUCGCGCAGCUGGGUGGGCGGCGGGCACGGCAAGGCCUCCCGCAGCAUCCACUCCUUGGAUCACCUCAAGUAUAUGUAUCAUGUUUUGACCAAAAAUACAACAGUAACAGAUCACAACCGCAAUCUGCUGGUGGAGACUAUUCGUUCUAUUACAGAGAUUCUUAUAUGGGGGGAUCAGAAUGACAGUUCUGUUUUCGACUUUUUCUUGGAGAAGAACAUGUUUGUGUUCUUCUUGAACAUCCUGCGUCAGAAAUCUGGUCGUUAUGUGUGUGUACAGUUGCUGCAGACCUUGAACAUCCUUUUUGAAAACAUCAGCCAUGAAACGUCACUGUACUAUCUGCUCUCUAAUAACUAUGUGAAUUCUAUUAUUGUCCACAAAUUUGACUUUUCUGAUGAGGAGAUCAUGGCGUAUUACAUAUCAUUUUUGAAAACUCUUUCUCUGAAACUCAACAAUCAUACUGUACACUUCUUUUAUAAUGAGCACACAAAUGACUUUGCUUUGUAUACAGAAGCUAUAAAAUUUUUUAACCACCCAGAAAGCAUGGUCAGAAUUGCUGUUAGGACUAUAACCUUAAAUGUCUACAAAGUGUCAUUGGACAACCAGCCAAUGCUGCAUUACAUUAGAGAUAAAACUGCUGUCCCCUAUUUCUCCAACCUUGUUUGGUUUAUUGGAAGCCAUGUGAUAGAACUGGAUAACUGUGUGCAGACCGAUGAAGAGCACAGAAAUAGAGGCAAACUGAGUGACCUAGUAGCAGAACACCUUGAUCAUUUGCAUUACCUGAACGAUAUCCUGAUUAUUAACUGUGAAUUUUUAAAUGAUGUGCUGACAGAUCACCUGCUUAAUAGGCUCUUUCUUCCCCUCUAUGUGUAUUCGUUGGUAAAUCAAGAUAAGGGUGGGGAGCGUCCAAAAAUAAGUCUCCAAGUUUCUCUCUAUCUUCUUUCUCAAGUUUUUCUAAUUAUACAUUAUGCACCUUUGGUGAACUCAUUGGCUGAGGUUAUUCUUAAUGGUGACCUGUCAGUGUUUUCUUCAAAAGUUGAGCAAGAUAUCCAGAAAAAUUCAGCAAAGUCAAGCAUCAGAUGCUUCAUAAAACCAACUGAAACUCUAGAAAGGUCUCUAGAAAUCAACAAACAGAAGGGGAAGAAGAGACUGCAGAAAAGACCCAACUAUAAAAAUGUUGGCGAGGAAGAUGAAGAGGAGAGAGGAUCUGAGGAUUCGCAAGAUGACUUGGAUAAAACUAAAGGAAUAGAAGGGAGUUCAAAGGGUGUCAGAACAAGCAGUGAAAAUGAAGAAAUAGAGAUGGUAAUCAUGGAGAGAUGUAAACUGUCAGAACUGUCCAUCUCUGCUGUGACAGAACAGAAUACAACAGAUGAAGAAAAGAGUGCGGCAGCCUCUGGGAGCGAGAUAACUAACUGGAACAGGUAG